GAAAAACCAUACCCAUACCAUAAUUCCCCUUUUUACCAUUAAAAAGGAUUGGCUGUGAUCACUAGCCAAUUAUAAACAAUCCCAUUUAAAUGAAAACAAAGAUUGUGGUACUUUAUAGACUUAGGAUUGUUUUGUCUAUUUCUGGGAAGAAUGUCAUUGGAAUGCUUGAUUUCUUUUUUAAAAAUACAUCUUUGUUUUAAUUUACUGCUGCUACUUAAAAAAAAGUCACCACAAGCUUAAUGACUUGAAGCUGCAUGCUUGUGCUAUUUCCUGGUUCAGGGUGGCUCACCUGGGUCCUCUGCAGAAGCCCAGUCAGGAUUUCGAGCCACGGUGGGCUCUUUCCUAGAGGCCCCAAAGCCACAUGUUCUCCCAGCCUCCUCCAGGUACUGACAUGAAACCAGAGCAUCUGUCCCCUGGUCUGCAGGGCACCUGCUCCUUAAAGCAACCUUAGGACUGCCCUCAUUUCCUUCAUGGCCAUCUGCUUCUAGAAGGUGCAUACAUUCCUCCCACUUUCCACAUGGCCUGCGUCCAGCACUGCUGGAUUGUGUCCUUCUCAGACAUUGAACCUCAAAACCCUUCCUGCCACAGCUUUCUUGCCCCAGCCAGAGAAGACCCAUUACUUUGAAAGAGCUCUUGUAUUUAGAACAGCCCUACCCAGAUGUACAAGGUGGCCUCCCUGCUUUGGAGAUCUGCAAUCUGUUCUUCUGCUACGUAACAGAGUGUAACCAGAGGUUGCACCAUUACAGUGUUGGAAUCUGUUGGAGCCGUCCUGUUUAUUGGCUUAUAAGGAAGCAUAUUUGUCUACAAUAAGAAGGUUAGAUUUUGUAUAACUAUCACUAUAGGCCCUUGCACACAUGCUCAAAUUCCUUGUACUUAUACAGGCCAACUACUAUCUUCUCUGUGGUCUGCCCUCUCAAGCCUAGAAGGGCAUGUCUCAAAACAGCUUGGUGCCCAGACUGUUGAUAUCUACAGAUCUCUUUGACAGAUAAACCAGUCUGUGUGUGGUUUACACUGUUUAGAAUUGUUGCUGACAGUUUAUAAAAGAAAGUGAAAUCUCAACCAGUCCAGCCUCCUUGUCUUUUAGCUUCAGUUAUGGUGAAGUCAUUUUCACCUGUGGAAGACCUCAAACCAGAAUGUGAGAGUGCUUAUCUAAAAUGCAAAAAUGUCUUUGUUUCUUGGUUAGAAUUCCUUUGCUUUUUUAAUUGGGGUGGGGUCCUGUGUUGUGUAUAUAUGUGUGUUCCAGCAUAUCUAACAGGUGGGUACAUUUGCAGGCCCAUGUGGUGUCCAGAGGGUGUCUUCCUCCAUCACUCACCAUCUGAGUUUUGUUUUUGUUUUUGUUGAGCUAAAGUCUUGUGUGUGAACCUGGGAGCUUUUGGUUUCACUGACUGGUUAGUGACCCUGAGGGUACACCUGCCUCUGCUUUUCCAACAAUGAGGUGUCAAACAUGCUCUCACACCAAGAUUUUAUGUAAGUGCUGGCCAUCUGAACGCAGACCCUCAUGCUUGAACUAUAGCACUUUAUUGGUAGAGACAUCUCCCCAAUCCCUUUAAAGGUCCUUUCUAAUAUCCAUCAUGGAAUGGCGGCUCUAGCUUGAGUCCAGCAUUACUCACAAAGCUAAGUUAUGAGAACAACCCAAAUAUUCAUCUGUGAAUGUAUUGAUAAAAUGAUAGUGUUUGUACAGUGGAACAUACUUGGACAUAGAAAUGAAAGGAAUAUUAGAUGAGCCUUAAAACCUGCUGAACAUAGGAAAGAAAUCCAGCUUUUAUAAAUUGCCACAUUUAUGAUUCUUUCAUGUGAAAUCUCUACAAAGGGAUAUGUAUAGAAAUAGAAGGGGAUUGUGAUUGUUUGGGGGUGCAAGAAUGGAAGAUGGGAGGUAUGGGUUUGUGUUUAUGAUUUAAGUUUUUACAGUUAACAUAUUCGUGAAUAUGUGCUCAAUUUAAGUAGAUGCAUUGUAUGGUAUGAAAAGUGUAUCUCAAAAAGGAAUGAUUUUAGAUAAUUUAAGACUAAACUAGAAAGAAAAUAAAAAUGAACAAACCCCAAACUUAUUAAAGUAAAAAGGACACAAGUCUUAAAGUUAAGAUUUAAAAAGUCAAAGGAGGAACAGUAAACAAUGUAGACAAUGAGGAGUGUCUACCAGAGCGUGACGGCCAUCAUUUAAAGGAAAGAAAAAGUAGUUAAAAACUACAUACUGCAAGAAAAAACUCCCUUAAAUUAACAGGAAUACUGAAAUGAACGGUGAAAGACCAACACCAAGGUGACUUCAGGAGAAUGAUUGAACCUUGCAAAGCUUUAAUCAUCUAGAGAAAUAAAAAUAAGCCUUAAAGCUCAUGACUUGAGGCAAAAGAAAUGGGGUCAUCAUGGGGCUCUUCAGUAACCUGGCUGAGUGUUGUAAGGUGCUGCAGGGCGGGGUCUGGUCUGCAUGAAAAGCAUUCACCUAGCAUGGACAAGGCUGUGCUUCGUUUCAUUCCAGCACCGCAUAGCCACAACAACAAAACAGCAGCAGGAAACCACUUUUGAAAAAAGGAGAUUUACCCUUAAGAGCCACAGGAAAAUGCUUACUUUUUAGUGGAAAAGCUUGAGUGGGUGAACAUGAAGAAACCCUGUUGCCAGAGGCCUCACCUAAGGCAUCUACAAAGGAUAGGACUGGACACAGACUAAGGCAUUUAUAUACAGGCUGUGGGGUCCAUUAACCCUGUGGGGCCGAGACUAGAUGAAGGUUAAAGGAGAAAGACUCCAGACACAAGCUAGGACACGGGAGGGUAACCUAAACAUGAGCUUGGAACUGGGGUACGUAGCUUAGUUGGUAGAGUGCCUGCCUAGCAGAUGUAAGCCCCUGGGUUCCAUUCCCAGAAGUAAUGAAAUUGUAUGCAUGGUUACACAGGAGCUGGAGGCAGGAGCAUCAAUGUCAUCCCUUACUACAUAGAGAGAUCAAGGCCUCAUAUCUCAUCCCAUCAAACAAGCCAAGGAACAGUGCCUUAAAAAGACACUGCCAUCCCUGUGGUAGUUAUUUUAAUACUGUGAUUUUAAGGAUAUUGAAUAAAACAAAUUGGGACUUUUGUUUUUAAUGCCUUUUAGUCCUCAGCCUCUCUCUACUUCUCAUUUAAAUUCCUUUGUGGUGAUGUGGAUUAAAACUAGUUCUGGGGACUCACAUGUACUGCUGCUGCUCCUCACUGAGAGUGAUGGCAGCAGAGGCCUCGACAGCUGGGCUCAUCGCAUCUUGCUCCCACAUAGUGGGGAGUAAGAGUGGGCCGCUGGAUGCUUCGGAGUGCCAGUGCACUCGGUGUGGAAGAACGGUGUUCGUUGCCUCCGGUCACCACCGUGAGCUUCAGUGUGGACAUGCCUUUUGUGAACAGUGCCUAUUAGUAACUCAGGAGUAUACCUCAAGCAACUGCCCUGAUUGUGAGGGUCAUACAAUUGUCAGUAAGAAUCAAGGUCACUACUCAAUAGUAAAGAAAGAAGAUUCUUCUCUGGAAGCAUUGCAACAUAAAACAGUAAAGAACUGGUCUUCAGACAUUAAAAAGACAGUGGACCAGCUAAUUGUUGAUUUGGAACAUUCAUCCUCCAUACACAGGACUGUUUCAAGCCCAUCAGCUAUAAUGUUGGAGACAGAAGAAAUUGAUGGAGCAUUGAAGAUAGCAGGCUAUAAUUUUGAACAAUUAAGUAAUGCUAUAAAAGUAAGCAUUUUGAAUAAUUCUACCAGGAGGUAAAGCAUGGCCUCUUUGUGAAAACAACACAUCUUAAUAAACAUUAUUAUAGUAAAAUUACAAAUAAAACAUCAUGCAUCAAAAUUCA